AUGUCUAACACCUCUUCAUCCAGCUCUGAGGCUCAUAUUCUUGCUCCUCAUUCCACUCAUGUGUUCAAAUUCUGUGACAGUACGGAAUUCAAAGGCGUGAGAAAGGUCGUCAUCCGCGGAGAGAUGCGAGGACUGUCACCUUAUCAGCGGGCCAAGCUCAUCUCAAGUGAGAGCCGGGUUUGCAUUGCCUACCGCGACGGCAAAGAGCUGAUUAUUCUCAUGGAGAAAGUCAAUGCUGAUGUAUUGUAUCACUACUGCCCUCAGCUUCGCAACUUCUAUAGCUGCUGCAAGGACAGUGGUCCAACCAUCGUUCUCCCCAAUACGGAGGAGUUUUGCCUGGUUGGCGCCAGUGGUGUCGCCUGGGUGGUCGGCAGCUUUAUUCACGAGGUAAGCAAAGGCACUGGGUCCUUUUUCAAGUCCUAUAUCCCCUCGCAUUCGGCUCCGAAGCAGCUAUUCCACGCGGCCGCUGUCUUUCGUGCAUUCGACCUGCCUCGAUUUGCUCAAGACCUUGUCGAUCCAAAGAAUGGUGUGAUUGUCUACUUCUUGAAGCAGACAGCGCGGGACAUUAAGUCGCCUAAGGCUGUAGGUACUUGGAUCCAUUCUCUCAAGAACGACCCACUCAUAUGCGAGGGCGACCUUGCACUUCUCGUGGAGGCAUACAAGAUCUUUGCGAGGCGUACUGAGCGUUGCGGUACGAAGGAGCAGCACAAUGACUCCACGUUCACGAAAAAAUCGAAGAAAUGGGCGAAGGAGAGUUCUCAGCUCGCCGUCGCAGUCGUUCUCGUCUCCGCCAUGGUUGUCUUCGUUACUGGACCCUACAUUGCGUACAAGAAGUUGAAUAAAAUACGGCGCUUGUUCAGAGAGAAGAGAAGGAUUCAUCAAUUCCGGUAUGGCCACUUGCCAAAGUCCCAGCCCAUCAGCGAAGGCUUGGUUGAAGUUGGACGUCACCGCAGCAAUGUUUCCCAAAAAAGCAUCCUCAGCCUGCCCAUCGAGAUUCGACGACACAUCUACGACCUAGCAAUACCCACCAAGAAGGUUUACCAGCCAACGCCAGGUCGCCCGAAGUAUCCUCUAUUCGAGUAUCACGGGCCCCAGCCGCCUCACUGGCCACCUCAUCAGCAUAUACGUAGCGACGAGGACCCUCCGAGUCAGGCUCUCGGCACGAUUCUGCGUCUCGGAGGAUCUUAUCUUCAUCCCAUUCCCGCGCCGAAGCGGCAAGGCUGUGUCAUAUUUCACUGUGCUUCACAGCUGAUCUGCGGGGAUAUGUGGAUGGAGCUUGCACCUGCAAAAGCCGCGGAGACCUGCUUCAUCACGGACCUGAUGAGAUCGAGCCGGACAUUGUAUCGGGAUCUGUUGCAUCACUUUUACGCGAGGAAUUUGUUCUCGUUCUUUGGGCCGGAAUCGCUCCUGUAUUUCGUCCGAAAUGUCAGCCCAGAAGGUUUACGGCUAAUACGUUACGUGCACCUGGCCAUACCACUUGAGAGCGAGGGGUGGCAGUCCAGACACAGCAAAGCCCUGGUGGAAAAGGCUUUCAGAGUCCUCCAGGAACAGUUCAAGAGCCUAGAGCAGUUGGAUGUCGAGGUCGCCAUACUGUGGUCUCAGCCUGCAGAGGCCCAGCUCAUUGCGCCUUGGCUCAGGGACGAGGUCUUCGGCCAACUGCAUGGGUUGGAAAAUCUGGUGAUCAAAAUAUCCGUCUAUAAGGGCGCCAACGAGAGGCCGAAAAAUGCCUACGACCCUCCUGCAAUGGAGGAGCUGAGCAGCUGGACUGAGCCAUUCCCGGGCCUAAUUCUUGGUGCCGAUGACGGACCGACAAAAAAUCUUCUAGCGGAAGAGUCUGCUCCGCAUAUGACGAGGCGAGAGCGGACCUUUUCCACGGACAGGGAAGACCCCACCAGUCAUCGCGGCUAUUCAAAUUCUGCGAGCGACUCAGACCACGCCGUGCCGUGCCGUGCCAUUUUCGAUCGCAACGCUGACAGGGACUGA